AUGGCCCCCAAGAUCAUCCUCUACACAAACCACAUCUGCCCCUGGGCCCACCGCGCCCACAUCGCCCUCAAGGAGCUGGGCCUCGACUACGAAGAGGUCAUCAUCGACCUCGACACGCCUCGCGAGCCGUGGUAUCUCGAGAUCAACCCGCGCGGCCUCGUCCCCACAAUCUCCUACAACGGCACCAUCAUCCCGGAGUCCGGCAUCGUCGCCCAGCUCCUCGCCGACGCACACCCCUCGCACCUCGUCCCGCCCUCAAACACCGAAGCCGGCGCCAUCCAGCGCGCCCGCAUCUCCUUCUUCGUCGACACCUUCUUCACCAAGGUGUGGCCGCACGCCUUCGCCGCGCAGAAGGCAGGCUCCGACGAAGAGCGCUCCGCUGCAUCCGAGGCCCUCGUUGCCGCUAUCGAGAAUAAUAACGUCGAGGACCUUUUGUACCCCGAGGGCGCGGGGUCGGGACCUUUCUUCCGCGGCGCAGAGAAAUUGACGCAGGUGGAGGUUCUCACGGGUAGCUUUUUGCUGAGGUUGCUGUCGCUGCAUAGGUAUGGUUUGCUGGCGGCGGAGUUGCCGUGUUUGCUUGAGGAGCGCACGCCGAGGUUCUGGAAGUGGGCGAGUGAGGUUGUGAAGCAGGAGAGUGUGAACUAUAUUUGGGAUGAGGAGAGGGUUGGGACGAGGACUGCGAAGAAGAUCAAGGCGCUUGCGCAGAAGUAG